CGAGCCGCGACCGUUCGAGGGGCUGUUUCGUUGCUCCUGUUCGCGAACAAUAAAGGUCCGUCAGAAUCGAAAUCGGGAUCGUUAAGCCUUGUCGCCAUUCGCUUGCAUUACUUUAAACCUUUUGAACUUGACGACAGUGAAUAGAAUAUCUUGUACGUGUUAAACCGGGUUAAGCUUUUUAUUGAACACUAGUCGUGAGCAGUGCCUGUGUGGUUCGUUUUAAGUUUGUGGCCUUCUACAUGUACGCGCGUACACACUCAGGCACCCUCGUUCUGAUCCGAACUUCCCCUCUAUACUGUGUUCUCUCCCUUGCUGUGGAGCAUUUCAUUUCAUGCCGAGUUGCACCCUUCAGUUUAGUUCAGUGAAAAUCUUCGUGGUUUACGAGAGAGCGAGGAAACGUGGAACAAAGAAUUGGAACGCCGGUUUCACAUCGAUCCACGUUAUCGGCGGGGUUCGAUAAAUACUCAUUCGCACCGGACUUUACGGCUGCUGCGUCCGUCCCGAAGUCCAGCCAGCUAAAGGACGCCGAAUUCACAUCGGGACAUUCCUCAGUCUCCGUGGAGGGUCGAUAAGGAACUACGUGGAAGUUAGGAUGCAGGCAAGUGUAUUGACGAGGUUUCCAGGCACGAAGCGAUGAGACCUCUGGAUGGAGGCCGAGGAAGCUGCAGAGCCCCCUGGGGCUUCGAUCAACUUCCGUUCACCAGAUCCUCGCUGUUACUAGCCGUUUUCCGCGGGAAAUUCGAAUCAACAGGAAGCAGACCGGGCGACUAACCAAAAGAAAUACGGUGAAAGUGAUACCCGCCAUCUUUGAAUAAGAAGCGUCAUUACCUUAAUUGACAAUAUACAAAUAACGUGACACCAGCCGCCCCGACAAUCACGAUGCUCGUUCACUUACAACGUCAAAGAAUAUCGUCAAGCCCGAUCCUCACCGGAAGCCACGGUAGCAUCCUGGAUCAGAGUAAUCGUCAUGGUAAAGAGUAAUCUGUGAUAUAAAGUUGAACCGAAGCAAAACUUAAUAAUAACGAAGAGACAGAGCUGCUAUAAAAAUGGCGGCACCGGUGAUCGAGAAGAAGCGGUUCUUCUGCCGGGAGUGGGCCUUCAUGAAGCUCUCUCACUGUCUGGAGCAACGGCCCGCUUCGAAGACAUGCGGGGCCCUUAUCGUGGGUGGCCCAGGAAGUGGGAAGACGGCCCUGUGCGCAGAGCUGGCAUGGCCGUCGAAUGGUGCCAACGCCCGACACCAGAGGUCACUCAAUAGAAGAUUAUUGGCCAGGCACUUCUGUCAGGCCAGGAGCGAAGCUUCGCUCUCGCCGGCCCAAUUCGUCAGGUCCUUGGUGGCCCAGUUGCUCCAAGCUAGCGCAGAUGGAAUCCACUUGUCCUCGCCGACCUCACCGACACCCAGCACGGCGACGACCUCCCUCACGUCGAGGGAGGCCGUCGCGGAGUCGUACGCGGAGAAGCUACGAACUGACCCAGAGAUUCAGGCGGCGCUUCAGCCUGACAUCCUGGACCGGGAUCCGGAUGACGCGCUCAAGAAGGCUCUUCUGUUUCCCCUCCUGGAAGUCGAGCCUCCGAAGAACUGUCUCUUCCUCCUGGUGGACUCCAUCGACGAGGCCCAAAUACUGAACCCACCUCAGACCGGGACCAGAGACUCGAGACGCGAGGGUGACAACGUCAGUAGGACCAUAGCCGAGCUCCUCGCGAAUCAUCAUCAUCUAUUUCCGCAGUGGCUCCUUCUGGUCUGCACCGCUAAGAGACAGAGCAAAACCAUCUCGCGCAUGUUCACCGGGUUCCGGAAGAUAUCGCUUGACGACCUCAGGAAGUCCCAGGUCGUACGGGACGUUCAGCAGUACAUCCUGGCCAGGCUGGACCAGGAGGACGCCUUGAGACAACACAUUUCCAGGGACACCGCGGAGAUGCUGAACCAGCUCCAUAUCAAGAGCAACGGGUGCUUCCUGUACCUGGAGAAGGUCCUCGACGGAGUCGCGGAGAAUUUCAUAGUCCUGCGAGAGGUUCGGGAAAUUCCUGGUACCCUGAACGGUCUUUACCUCUGGCUGUGUCAGCGACUGUUCAGUAGAAAACAGUUUGCGAAGGUGCAGCCGCUUCUGAACGUCAUCCUGGCCGCGAAGUUACCGGUCACUCAGGAGAUUCUUUACAAGUGCGUCUGGACGGCCAACACCGGGAUCACGAUGGAGGAUUUCAAUAGGAGACUUCAUCUCUUACGGAGGGUCAUCUCCGUAUCGAGAGCCGGCGCUCUUAUGCUCUUUCAUCACAGCUUCGCCGAAUGGCUCCUAGACGUUAAGCACUGCACCCAGAAGUACCUCUGCUCCGCAGCCGAAGGUCACGCCAUGCUGGCGGCCCAUUACACGCUCCGGGCUCCUGAGCUCAAUCCCGACGAGAUCUGCGUCCUGGGACAGCACUUGCAACGAGCCAUGACUAAUCUCGGGUCCACCGGAUGCAGCCUGGACGCUCACGCUCUUCAGGUCUUGUGGAUGAUCGGAAGUGGGGCACCUAUCGAGGAUUGUUAUCUGGACAGUUCGGAUUGUAUAUUGUGGCCGAGGCAGGAUAGCAAAUUGCUCAGGCUUCUGGUAGAUGCUGGCGCCAAGCCUUCGGAGAAGAUUGUCGACGACGACGUCAAUAAGGAGGCCGUUCCUUCUAGUCAGGUCUCGCAGGAUGUGAGCCCCAUGGAUGAAUCUCUCGGAGAACCAUUGACAGAGCUGCUUGGCGAGAGUGGCGACAUAAACCAAGCAGACUCAAGUGGCCGCACAGUGCUCCAUACCCUGGCAGCGGACGGGAAUGCGUCGCUUCUGGAAUUAGCACUGGCAGCGUGUCCUCAGGCAAAAUUGGAAGCUACAGAUCGUCAUGGUCAGACGCCAUUGAACUUAGCUGCAAGACAUGGCUACGCGGACGUAGUCAGGGUACUAUUAGCUGCUGGUGCAAGUGCGGAUCAUGCAGACUGUGAUGGUUGGACCGCGUUGAGAGCAGCUGCCUGGGGCGGGCACACCCAGGUACAUUCACAGCCAACCCUCACUGGGCAAACCCAGGACACUGUUAAAAGUACUCCCAAUGUAGUUGUCGAGCAGCUCCUCGAGCACGGAGCCAUGGUGGACUGUGCGGAUUGGGAUCAGCGUACGGCACUACGUGCGGCGGCCUGGGGAGGCCACGAGGACAUCGUCAAAGCGCUGCUGCAACAUGGGGCCGACGUGAAUAGGACCGACGACGAAGGCAGAACUGCACUGAUAGCUGCGGCUUAUAUGGGUCACAGUGAGAUUGUCGAACACCUUUUGGACUUUGGAGCUAAGAUAGAUCACGCGGAUAGCGAUGGUAGAACAGCGUUGAGCGUGGCCGCGCUGUGCGUACCUGCUAAUCAUGGUUACGCCAAGGUCGUUACGAUACUUCUGGAAAGAGGCGCUGCGGUUGAUCAUCAGGAUAAAGACGGCAUGACUCCACUUCUUGUGGCAGCCUUCGAGGGCCAUCGAGAUGUGUGUGAAUUAUUGUUGGAAUACGAAGCCGACGUCGACCAUUGCGAUGCUACUGGACGAACGCCUCUGUGGGCAGCUGCCAGCAUGGGUCACGGAUCCGUUGUGGCUUUGUUGUUAUUCUGGGGCUGCUAUGUUGAUAGUAUAGACAAUGAAGGGAGAACUGUUUUGAGCGUGGCUGCUGCACAAGGUGGCACAGACGUGGUUAAGCAGCUUCUGGACAGAGGUCUCGACGAACAACAUAGAGACAAUUCCGGAUGGACGCCAUUGCACUAUGCUGCUUUCGAGGGUCAUAUAGAUGUCUGCGAAGCUCUUCUAGAAGCUGGAGCUAAGGUUGACGAAGCUGACAACGAUGGCAAAGGUGCUCUCAUGCUCGCUGCGCAAGAAGGUCAUACGUCCUUAGUCGAAAGAUUGCUGGACCAACAUAAUGCACCUAUAGAUCAACAUGCGCACGAUGGAAAGACUGCCCUGAGACUGGCAGCUUUGGAAGGUCACUAUGACACAGUAAGAGUAUUACUGUCACAUAAUGCUGACGGCAAUGCCAAAGAUGCCGAUGGACGAAGUACCCUAUAUAUUCUUGCCCUGGAGAACAGACUGGCGAUGGCGAGAUUUCUCCUGGAACAUGCACACGCCGAUGUGGAAAGUAGAGAUUCUGAAGGUAGAACACCGCUUCAUGUCAGCGCUUGGCAAGGACACGUGGAAAUGGUGGCUCUGCUAUUAGCAGAAGGCAAUGCAAGUGUGAAUGCCUGUGACAAUGAAAAUAGGACUCCCCUUCAUUCAGCCGCGUGGCAAGGACACGCGGCCAUUGUCAGAUUACUUUUGGAACAUGGUGCAACUCCUGAUCAUACUUGUAAUCAAGGUGCAACUGCAUUAGGUAUAGCUGCUCAAGAAGGGCAUGAACAUUGUGUCAGAGCCCUUCUCAAUCAUGGUGCAGAUCCAAAUCAUUCAGAUCACUGUGGGAGAAACGCUAUUAAGGUAGCUGCCAAAAGCGGCCAUGACACUGUUGUUAGAUUACUUGAAGAACAUUCAGCAAAUCAACGAAGUUUGCGACCGGGAGCCAAUGGGGGUGGUAGUAGCAGUGCAACGUCAGUAACGUCGAAUUCGACAGCGGAAACGAAACCCUCGUCGGCCAUUUUGAACCCACUAUCCACUCAGUACAGUCCGGCAGAGUCACCCGACUCGACAAAGAGAAGAAGCUGCGUAUCCUUGGGCAAUAAUUCUAGCAAUAGUAAAUCCAGCAGCAACCUGACUGGCAGUACCAAGAGUGAUCAGGGAAAAUUCAGUCAAAAUUCAAUGGUCAACCAGGUAAUUAAAGCACCUUUAUCCUUCACGCAACAACUUCAGCAAUGCUCUCGGGGUGCAAAGAGCCGACCUUUAAGCAAACUAUUGUCGCCAUUGAAGAGUGAACCACAGAGUCCGAUUUAUGCUUCGCCGCCUCAUUCACCAUUGAGUGACAGCCUUAUACCUUACUCGCCGACAAAUACAAGCCCGCCAAGUGCUCAGACUGCGGCCAGCGUUAUACAAAGCCAACUCGGGGUGUCUCUCUUAACAGGCAACCAAAGUAUACAAUACAAGGCACAGGGUGGAGGAUACAAUCAUACCUCAGCCAUCUACGAGCCAAUAAAUAUAAAAACUGAAAUUAUUGAGAGAAACGAAACCACCAGGCCCUUCGAACUGACGAACGAAAUGCUAGGUUUCAGUGUUGGCAAGGAUAAGAAGAAUAUCCAUGACGAUAAGAGAAAUUCAGCUGAUACGCACUUUACGCGAGACACGCAUAUGAGAAUUAUUCUGGGCAAUAGUGGUGCUGGUGUUGGUAGAAACGUUAAGCACACGCCAGAACAUACAUCUGGAAGCAGCGGUAACUCAAAACCAAAACGUAAUGGUUUAGUUUCUAAUCCGGCUAUGAGACUUGUCGCUGGCGUUAGAAAUGGCAUUGAAAAUGCCACAAAUCGUAAUAAGCCAAUUACAACGAGAGUCAAUGGAUUUCAAUGGAAGGCGGAAACGCGAAAAGAGACGCCCUUGUAGGAGCAGGUAUUAAUGCAUGCUGUCCUGUGCAUUAAUUGAGAUGAACUUAUACGUAGGAGAUGAGAGUGAAAAUAUCCGAUAAAAAAAAUAUUAACCUCUCGAUCGUCUCUAUGAUUCAGGUUUUAGAAUUUGCAACAGGUUCGCGAAACGUUGCAAAUCGAUACUGCGGUUGGAGGAUCUUCAUCAGCAAGAAGCGAAAGUCAAUAAAUAAAUUUUUCUCCUUUUAUUUGAGCAAAAUCAAAUUACCUCAAAUGAAGAAGUGACGAAAGCAUAUUGAAAAUGAUACUAAUUAGGAGACGAAUGGAAAUUACCUAACACAUAAUACCAAAUAUUAAACUGCAUAAGAAAUGUAUGUAGAUUUAGUGAUGUAAUCUUAUCGAUACAACUUUGUAUAAAUGUAACGCUAAUUAAAUUCUUUACUGAUCUCACUAAUACUACAUAUAUUGAUAACUGAUUUUCGAAAUCUCAAAGAAAUGCUAGAGUGAUAAUUUUGACGAAAGAUUAAAUAUUGAGAUUUUCAAUGGAAGACUGGAUGCUGCGAAUGAAGCGGAUUAUAUGAUGUCUGAGAGAAAGUUUUGAGAAUUAAAAAGAAAUGUAAAGAUAUGUAAAAAAAAAAGAAGAAGAAGUAGUAUUGAAACAAACAAUUAAAAAUCCUAAUAUGAAGAUAGUCUGACGAUGCCGAAGUUGCUUCAAAUACGUAAAAAUAUGGCCUGAAAGUGGAAAAGCCCGUGUAAAUAUCCGUUAUUUAUGUAUUGUGCACAACACCAAUCAUAUUUAUUAUUACACUGUAGUAGAUGCAAAAUAAAAUACGAAAAUUUAAAUUCAAUAAUUAAAUUAUAACCUGAUGCUUCUGAUGGAAAGACAAAUGGUACACGAAAAAUUAUAGGACCUCUGUCGCUCACUGAUAAAUGGAAGUCAUUUAUAGGAUUAUCACAUCAUAUUCUGGAUUAAUAAUCUUUGGACGAUGGACACUCUAUAUACUGACUAUACUCACAUUCCACCAGGAAGGAAAAAAGAGAAACUACAAUAAAAAAAAAAUUAACUUUGUUAUACAUAUAACUAUUGUGCAGACUAGCCAAAGAUUAGCAUCAGCUAAUAGUUAAAGAGAUGAAGAUGAUGAGUACUAAUAUACACAGUGCUUACUAUAGUCGGACGAAUAGUUGUAUUUUUUACCGUCAUUUAUAUUUAUCGUUUUACAUAGACGGAUAAACUGUCGUCCGAAAUCUUGCCUAUGUUUUUAAAGGGACUAAAAGAAAACACUGGGCUACAGUACAUUUCGUUAAAUAAAUUACGUUAGGACAAAAUGAAGGCAUUAAACGGCGAAGUCGAGGAAAGCGUGCCUCCCCCCUCCUCCUAUUUGCAAAAUAUUAAUACUAUAAAAAUACCAUUAAAGACCUUUUUAGGAUAAUACUGUACAUGAAGGUUUCUACGUUGCUGUCAUGCAUGUCAAUUCUUGUACGUUUCAUGCAAUACUCACAAAAUUUGUAAAACGAACACUUACCUUUUGAAUGGGAUGAAACUUUUCCAAAAAAAAAGACCACAUCUUUCAACAAAUAUAAAAUAUAACUUUUAAAUGGAAGGUAGUCAUUCAAUUUUUCAUGUUUUUUUUUUGUGAUCACACAAGUCCUCUUUUUUAUCAGAUUUAUUAUGUAUAUUACCAAUUUUGAAAAAGCUUCAUCCCGAUUCGCAUUCGUUAAUGAAUAAUUUUCGAAAUGAAAUUUAUUAUACUCGUACUUGUAAGUAAUGGAAGGAACGAUUGAUGGAAUUGACAAUUGUCCAGAUUGUACUUAUGCAUUUCCUUUCGCAAGAGAUAAUUUUUGUGUUUGUUCAAUUGAAUAUUCGUAUCCUAAUUGGAAUCUUGCGUUAGGAAAUUUGUUAACUGGACGAAUGUAUCGAAGUCUGAUUUUAUUGAGAAUAGAAAAGCAUUGUAAGUAAUGAAUUUGUGGUACGAAGGCCUAGACAGAUUAACAAGCAAUUAUACUUCACUUGCUGCAAUUAUAAUUGAAGGACGAUUCACUGUAUAACAUAGAGAGAUAAUAGCCUAUUUAAUAUUUAAUACUUGUUUUUAUUGUACAUUGAAAUUAGCUUUAAUUGCGUACGCAUCGUUCGUGCCAAUUUUAAUUAAGCAUUAACGAUAAUUAAAGAUGGUACGAAGGUAAUGAAGUUUGUGUGAUUUUUGUUAGAUUGGAAAAUGUGAUUUCAAUGGUAACGUUCUAAGGAUGAGGACGUAAUGAGAGAUGAGAAUAAAACAAAGUUCUAUAGCGAGACGUUAAAUAGAGAAUGAAUAUAGCAUAAUUAGCAGAGACUCACUGUUAGAAGUGUUGAAAUGUAGAUUUAUUAUUAUUAUUAUCAUUAUUACAUUUAUUCAUCUUGUAAAUAAUUAAAUUAUCGUUAAUAUCGAUGUAUGGUAUUAGCACACUACGUAAUACACAAAUAGAAAACAAAAUGACUCCUUAAGCCUGUGUUAAACUAAAAUUAUGUGGUCUAGAAAAUUUCGUCAAUAGAAUGAAAAUUAUAAUUUUCAACUAAUUGUGAAGCGACUAUGAUUACUCAAUAAUAAAACCGUGUAUUGUAUGAAAACGUAA